UUGCUCUCUGUCUAUCCUCAGAAAAAUGUCUGGCUGACUAUUCCGCAAACCUCAAAGACGACAUCAGUGAAAACUUGUGCUCCUGAUAAACUUGGAUUUUUUGAUUAAUGACACAAAAACUGAAGUUACCUUUGAAGCAGCACAAGACAACACAGCCGGUUCAUCGAGAAUGUAACAUCCCUAUCUCUCCAGGGAGGCAUCGUGUUCAGUGUGAAGUUCUUCACCCAUUCUGAAGUUCCAGAAGUUUCCUCUUUUUCCCCUUCAUCUCUAAGCUCUCUCUUUGACAUUUACCACCAUGCCUGCCAAAGCACCAAUUUACCUGAAGUCUACCAACAGCAAGAAAGGCAAGAAGUGUCGUCUGAGGGACAUCCUGUCACCAGACAUGAUUAGCCCACCUCUCGGUGAUUUCCGCCACACCAUCCACAUCGGAAAAGGUGGCGAGAGGGAUGCCUUUGGGGACAUGUCCUUCCUCCAGGGGAAGUUUGAGCUCCUUCCUGGGAAGGGUAGAGGUGUUCCGUCACAAUGCAUCCACAAUGAAUUUCUGCGGGCCAACAGCGCAUCUGAUGCCCAGUUUACAGAGACGCCCUCUCCUGUUCUAAAGAAUGCCAUCUCACUCCCUUCAAUUGGGGGUUGCCAGGCUCUCACCUUGCCCCUCCUGUCCACAAAUGUGUUUUCCAUGCCAGUCAUGGACCCCCUGGAUUGCAUGGUAGGCAGGGUCCCUACACCUCCCCUGGGGGGACCAGACAGGGCUGAUGAAUUGGAGAUCCUUGAGAUGGAAACUCUGUUAUGUUCAUUUGAGGUCUUCAACAGUGAAACUCCUACAUCCCCAAAAGAGGUCACAUCAAAACCAGACAUGUUGCUGGAUGUGAUAAAAAACCCAGUGACGUCAAACACAAAGAAUGUCUCCAAAAGCAAUUAUAAUAAGCACAAUGGGUUUGAAAAGUCUUCACCAACCUACAUCAGUGACAUCUGCAAUGGCAAUGGAGGUGUCAAUGGGAACAGCAAUGGCAUCUUCAGUAGCAACAAUGGCUUCACUACCAAUGGCAAUGGCAACUGCAAUGGCUUUGGAAGCUGUAACAAUGACAUAACCCUCUGCUCCAAGAAAGGGCUCUACGAGAGCAAUGCAGAUUGGGUGGAUAGGGACAGCGGGGUGGAUGAGGGGCGCAUUUGUGACUUUGACUUUGAGUUCUCCAAGGACAAGAGUGAGUCACAUGAUUCAAUCUCAAACAUUACUGGGUCCCUUCUGUCACUCGAACUCGAUUUGGGCCCCUCCAUUCUUGAUGAUGUACUCAACAUCAUGGGCGACCCCAAGCCAAAGAGCCGACCUUGAGCGAUGGCAAUGUUAAAGACCUGAACGUGAAAUGUAGAACUUGAGAGUAAAUUGACUCACAAACCUGUCGAGAUACAAUGUAUGGCAUGUGGAUAUUAUUGAGUUGGAAAUAUGCAGAGCUACUUAUGUUCUUAUUUUCCAAAUUAUUUUCUAUUUUAGCUUCACUCGGGUGUUGUUUUCUGUUUAUGCAUUAUGCUACCAGGCAUGAGAUGCAUGCGCUAUUGAAUUACUUCUGAAUCACAGCCAUUGUGCCUUUUAUUUUGUAAUUAAAUUAAGCUAGAAGAGUAGCAUUUGUGUGUUCUAAAGUAGUUAUUGCUUUGAUACAGAGUUCUAAACCUAUAUUUCGCUGUAAAGAUAAUGCUUUCGUGACAUGUUAACCAUCACCAUAUUGUUUUGUCACAUUACCAUAAUAUUAACAGAACAGGAAAGAUUCCUAUGCCUAAUAUACAGUACUUGUGUUCUCGUUAUACAGCGUUAAUAAAUAGAAUCUAAUUUCCCCUAUUUUGAAAUACUGAAAUAAUAUGUAAUUUAGCAAAGUUGUAUCUUUGAUGGAAUGAGACAUUUCUGAGAAAAAAAACAAGGUUAGACAUUGAGUUUACUCAGCAGGCAUAUUUUGUUCCUUGGAAGUUUGUGGGGACAUAUGUUUUUUAUUUUACAUUACUUUUGACAACAAAGCCAUACAUUUCCUGAUUGGUAAAACAGAAUUUGUUUUUUUAUUUUAUUUUCUGAGAACAUAAGUGGAAAUGUUACCUAUUUUGAAAUAAUUUGUUUUUAGGUUGCAGUUAGGGGGCUGAAUGUAGAAUUAAUUGUCAAUAUGGAAGCUAUGUAAAUUGAAGCGACACUGCAUUCAAAGCAGCUCUCCCAAAUAAAGCAAAGAGAAGGUCAGUUUAUAAUGGAAGGCAAUGAAUAUUUGGUUUCUCUAUGUAUAUGGAAACUGAAUAUCCACCAAACAGAAGUUUGAAAAUGACCCAAAAUCACUCCACCAUUACUGCAGCUACAUCACGGAUAUUGUCUGAUAUUACAAUGCAACAAUUCUACAUAUUGCCCCUUAAACAACAAACAAUGAAAAUUAAAGGUUAUUUGGGUUUUGUCUGAAUAAAUUCAUUCAAACUAGUAAUGAUUGUUUUCUUAAUGCUGUUAGACUAUUUGAGUUAAAUCUUUUUCAACUCUAAGCACAGGACAAAAAAAUUACUUCCCUAAAUGUAUCAAGUUCCAUAAAUGUCCUCAUAAUGUUUAAAAGAAACUAUACUGCACCAUUCUCAGAAUGUUGUGGAUAAUACUUAAUAUUAAGUAACAAAAUAACAAAAAGGCAAACAAGCUCUCACCAAGUAAAAACUGCUGUUUCUCAGAAUUUUACGUGUCGGCUGGCUUAAGAAUAAAGACAGUGAAGACGAUGGGCUUACAAAGUAGAGGUCAGUAAGACAGUUGGAAAGUGAGCAAGACAAGUAAAAAGUGAGAAUGUGUGAGGAGAGCAAUGCAAAAUAGAUCAAGUGGGACAACAGAAAAGAAGACAGAAUGGCUUUUUUCUCGCCUUCUGGCAUUCUUUACAUUCUCCUUCAGUGCUCUGCAAUAGGAGCACUGGUGGGAAAGCACUCCUUCCUCUGGUCAAACAGGCGCCUGCACCGUUUGUUUGCAUGUGGAUGGGACAAGCAGAGGAGGGGUCUUUAAAAUUCCCAGCAUUCCAGCUAAGGAGUUCAAGCAUCCUGGAGUGGGCAUAAAUCAGCUGUUUAGAGUUGAAGGGGCAGGACUUUUUCUUAAACCCACCCAUUCAUCUCUCAUUCUAUAGUGCAAUUUAGGUAAUACAAGUCUCUAAUUACUACUCAGAGGCAAACUUUGUUGUUCGUACAAAAACGAUGGAAGACUGCUCUCCACUGUCUGGCUGUGAUAAAGAAGGUUUUGAUGUUGCAGUGUUGAGGCCUCAAGUUUGAAUGGGCAAGACAGCUGCAAACACCAUAUGCACCCAAUCUUAACCUAGUGCCCUCUCUGGCACCCAUACCUGUUAAUCAUCAUCCUCCAUCUCCUCUCAUGGUCACAGACAUUAAAUGUCUCUCUGCAGUGCUCAUUUACAUGCCUUAAGGACCAGCUAUGGUGUCACCCUUGAACAAGCAAGUCCCACUCAUCUCCGUAUCAUGUUAAAUAGUAACAGUACUAACUUUUUUCAGAGUAAACCAGAUGUUUAAGCUUAGUUAUAGUGGAACACUUCUUGAAAGUUUGACAGACAUUUUCAUUGCAAAAGUGAUAUACAGGAUGUUGGCGUUUUAGCAGUAAACCUAGCUAUUUCUUGCUCUAAUGGUUCAAUUUGAAAUACAUGACAUAGAGGAACCUUGCAACGGUAAUAUGAGGAAGGGGUACUCAGUCCCUUCAACGUAUGCUGGGUGGUACUCAAGGAUUGCUUAAAAAGCAGGAGACUGAGUGAAAAUUUGGCAGUGAAUGUUGGAUAGUAAGAGAGACAAGCAAGCAAAUUAUUUAUAUCCCGUCACAUAAAAAUGGCGAGAUGGUUGCAGUAGUUUUACUAAAAGGAAUUGUGUGAUGUUCUUUAUGGUCACCAUUCAUACAUAGAAAUGUUUUCUCCAAUGUUUGAGGGACCUUUAUAUAGAAAUUGUAGUAAAAGGAAAUUCUGAGAGGCUGGGAGACUGCAGGCUUCUUAUCGUCAAUUAAAUUGUGUAACCCAGAGGAACUGUCUUUAAUACAGGCUGAAAUAAAAAAAACUUUAAACAAAGGUGACAUUCUUUGAUGAGCAAGUCUUAUUGGUACCAUUUUACAUUUAUCUUUCGUGUCUUGUUCGAAACUUAUGAAGUUUGAAAAUAUCACAAACAGUCAGUUAGCCCCUUGCUAACAUUAUGUUAUGAGAUUUCAUUAAGCCAGCUGACCCAACUGGCUCAAUGCCUGAAAGCUUUUCCUUUAUUAGCUAAUGUUGGAUGUGUGUAACAACAUAGGGUGCGCAUAUGACGGAAUCUCCUCAAGGUCAAGAUAAACUUGAUGCGGUCACCACUGUGGAAAGGUCCGUCCCAUUCAUUUUCAAUGACAAUAUAGUGUCGACAAGCAAUCUUAGCAGCACAAAGCUGAGCUGAGCUGUGCUCUGUGAUAACCAGUCUUCCUUGUUGGGAAACCAAUUGUGUAUCCCAAAUCACCCCCCAAUCAAACCAAUGUUCAAUCCCAAAU